AAUGAUAAUGAAUUUCGCAAGUUUCGCACUUUCGCAAAUUCGCAUACAAUUCAUGUUAUUGAGUUAUCUUUCUGUUAUUAUUUUGAUUAGAAUUAGAUUAAUAUAAUACAAUACAGUCGAAGAUACAUUCUAAUAAAAAUAAAUAUGAUCAUAUGAAUCUUAUUUAAUUUUUCUAAAAUGUUGUAUGACCAGUUUAAACCACUUGUAGACCUCGUAUUGAACAAUUGGACAGCAUUACAGUUGGCAGUAGAACAGGGCCUGGGUGCACCGGGUGGUGAAAAGACUGCCCAACUCAUGUCAGUUUACGUCGCCCGGUACUGCGUGGAAAACAUAGUAGAUAUUGAAAAUGUUACUGAAGUGCUAGAAGACUUGAUGGACGAAGAGUUCGAAACUGCCUGCCAUGAUAAUUCACCCAAAGAGGUGGCAACAUUACUCCUACAAUACCUGGCACUGCUCAAAGAGGGUAGACAAGAAGAACUGCAAGCAAGAGUUGCUGCUAUGCCUACAUGUCGAAAAUGGCUAAAUCAGCCAGCUUGUUGUAAAUCUAUUCCACCACAGAGUCACGGCAAUCCGGAUGAUGACACUACUAGCAGCAGCGAUGAAGAUGACCUUUCAAACAAACCAUUGAAUGGCAAAGGAUCUUCAUUAAACUACAACACCGAACCUGAAGUAGUGGACAAAGAGAAAGGGCCAGUUCGGACUGUAGUGAGAACCAGAAGAAAAAAGGAGGCAGAGUACUUGGGAUGCUUCAUUUUGGCGGCAUACUCCGCGGCAGUACCAGCAGACCUGACAGUGAGACUCAAGUGGGACGGCGCAAAUGUACUCACGCACGUUGCAUCCCACAAGAGGCAUCGUCCCCUCUGCCAUGGAACCAAUGUCAGACCAUCAGGCCUCUUGCAUCCGUGCGGCACAACCCUGGAGGGUCCAAAACGCAAGGAAUAUUGGCCGACACCAAAGCCCUGCGGAUGACAUCAUUGAUGGCAUGAUGCAUGGAUAAACAACCCGCGCACUUCAUCAAUGACAGCUAGGUGACACUGACAGUUGACAUCGUUUUUUUGUCUAUCUCAUCAAUUAAAUCACGUGCACAGGCAUUAGUGCCUGAUCUGCUAUUAAAUUUCUCAAACGUCAUCUCGGUCACUUAAAAAAAAUAUAUAAUAAAUAAUACGAAAUAAAAAUAAAAAGCUGCAUUUCCGUGAUCGUUAUGACGAAUAGGUACUAUCGGAUAAAAAUAUAAUUUGCCUAAGACUUUACCUACCCAAUAGGCUAUUUGACUAAUUUUUGAAAAUAGUUUUAAUUGAUUGUUUAUGACGUAAUAAUUACACUACAUUGAUAUUUCCGUGAAAUUUCCUGUAUUAAAUAUAAAAAAAAAACAAUGUUAGUUUAUUUAUUUUGAACGCGCCUUAAACGCUGUUUUGCAAAGGGGUAAUCACGUGACACGUGUGACGUCACACGCGAGUAAACUCAGUCAAUGACCUUAGUAAAUCUUAUGGUUUAUGUGCAUUGAAUUGAUUAUUUCACUGUAAAAUGGUAUAUAAAUGGUGUAUAGUGCCGCAAUGUUCAAGUACGACUAUAAAAAAUUCAGAUAAAUUGUUUGUUUCCGUUCCAACGAAUCCCAAAAAAAGAAAAAUGUGGUUAAAACUAGCGCGAAGAUACCCAAAGAGCAUUUUAGCGCAUACAAAUGUUUUUAUGUGUGAAGACCACUUCGAUGUAAGUAAUAUUUAACUGUAAAUAAAUAUGGUAGUUAAAGCAGCGGAUUUUGUUGUAUUUAACGAAACAAGAUCAUGGUAUUUAAUGUAUUACUACAUAACCUCAAAACAUAGCUCUUUCAGCAUUAGUAGGUAGUUAGUAGCAUACUUUUUCUUUCAAACUAAAGUGCAGUAUGGAGAUACUAUUCUCGUCAUCGUAUUCUAUAUAUAUAUCGUCGUCGUAUUUGUAUCAUCGAAAUAGAAAUGUUUGUAAAUAAACAAUUUCUACGUAUACUCACACAGCUGUUUUUACAUUUCUAAGUUCCGCAGCAUAGUAAUCCAGAUUAUCUUUAAAGAAAAGUGCAACCAUUAAUGCGUCUAUGUCUGGUAGGUUACCGCUAUCAGCUUUCACAUAUUUCGGCUCCAUUUUGAGAUUCUUAUGAAUAUUGUGCUACUAGAUAUACGGAUAAAUCGGAAUAUAUCAGAAAACUGUGGAACAAUAACUAAAAUUAACUAAAUACAAAUAAAACGGUUAAAACACUCAAGGCAAUCAAGAAUGUUUACCCGCGUGUGACGUCAUUCGAGCGUUGACCAAUCACAGAGCGUUCACGUCCCUGAUAAAAUUUCAAAAAAUAUUAAAUUUUCUUUCGUUUAUAUUCCAAAAACUAAACAUAAUUUACUACAUUCAAAUAUAGUGAAAUAUACUUUAUUAGUUUAUUAUCUUUCAGGAUGACAGCAAUUCGUUAUAUAUUUUUAAUGUUGUCAAAUACCCUAUUGUACAUAUUAGCAGCGUGCCAGUAUGUCAGGUCUAAUCUUGGUAGGUAUAAAACUAACUGUAGCCGCGGUGAGAACAACCGCAGGCAGCCAAUGUUGAUUGCCCCCGUCAAGCGACUCGCUAAGCUCAGGAGUUCACACAAUGUCUUUGGGGCCAAGAUCUACAACUCUGUCCCGACUGAUAUAAAGUCAGCGAAAAGUGACAAUGAGUUUACAAGGAAACUCUAAUCGCUGCUAGUCGCACAGGCAGGCUACAGCGUAGACGAGUUUCUUCGUGGAGCUCAUUACCUAAAACGUUUUCUAAACAUGUAAUAUUAGGUAUUAUUUACUGUGUUUAAUUAAUUAUGCGUAGUUUGAGAUUUUGUUGUAAAUGUUUAUACAUUUAUAGUUCAUGCUUAUGCAAAUGUUAGAAUAUGUAAAUAUUAUUAGUAUUGUAAUCUCACUAUGUACAUAAAUAUGAUUGUAAUGUAAUCUACAUUAAUGAUUGAAAUAAUGAUUUUACCAAUAAAUAAAUCAAUCAAUCAAUGAUGAUUCAGCAUGUAUGUAAUCGAGUUUCUUAUUAUUCACUAUUUUAACUAUUUUUAUAAAAAAUAAUAAGCGCCAGAAUAGGCCAAUUUGCCCAGAAGAUUACCUAACAAUGUUGUCCUAUAGAUGAAUAAACCAGUAUAAAUAAU